GCAGAUGAUCUGUUAGCUGUUUGACAACUACUCUUUCAAGGAUUAAAGAAUAAUUCUCACAGCUUUUCACAGAAGAAUAUAAAGUCAUGAGUAAGGCCACGGGAGGUGAUCGGUCUCAGUUUCUGUGCCGGAUUUGGUUUUGUCUCCAGCUUUGAGUGCGGUGGGCAAGUCUCUAACACUCAUGGCGAUUGUUGCUGACUUGAAGAUUGUGGAAUGCAUUUAUAAGCACAUAAUUAACCCUGAAGGAAGGCUUGCGUGUUCCUGCAGAGAAAUAACUCGUCCUUUUACUCCCAGUGCAGAGCGCUGAUUGAGCCUUUUGUACCAGAGUUGGCAUUUAGUGAAUUAGGAGCAAUUUUAGAUUUACUCCUGAUGUAUUUUUAAAAAAAAACAACAUGUUUUUAGUGUUUUUUGGGGCUUCUAAAACGUGUUAGCAGCUCAGUGUCACAAUUUUAUGUUUCAUGUUGAAAAAUUGAAGCUUUGCUGCAAGUCCUAAUCCAAAAUGUCAUCACGAUUGCUUCUGUGCCUGAAGCGCUGCGGCCGUUUCUUAUUGCGUCUUGUUGAGGCAUGAGUGCGGUCGCAGGUCUUGAACCACAGUUGUGAGUGUGGGAGGAAGUAAAUUUCCUGUUCCUAAUAAAAGCUCAGCUUUUCUCUCUGCAGCUGCUAAAUCUAAUGUGACAUGCUGACUACCAGCUUUGCCAUUUCAACCCUUUUGGGUGUUUUGUUUCUGAGAUUGACUCAGAACACUAAACCUCUACAGUGGUGUCACAGAGGAAAAUCUCUUUUUUCCUUUUAGUCAACAGAAGAAAAAUCAGUCUGGUUUUCUAGCAAUUUGGUGCUCUGCAAAAAUUCAACACACACACAGUUUCUACUUAAAGUGCUCGUGAGUGAUUUUUAUCUUGUGCUCGUUUGUUCAUUUAAACUGUCACGGAAGCUGAUUUGAAUAGUUUCCGUGUUGGUGUUUGUCGGCGCAGAGCCGCCCUUCGUCGGCGCAGACGGGGAUGGGCGAGCCUCUCGCUGUCAGUCCACCUGCUUGUUCUCUGUAUCGACUGCAGACUGUGAGAACUUAUGUAACUACUCACCUGUAACGUCACCACUGGGCGUUUGCACCUGUGACUGUGAUGAUGUCACAGUCUCUCUCUCUGACUACAAAAACAUGUUGCUUCUCGUCACUGAACAGCUGUCAGGGUAGAAUAAAAGGUUAAAAAUAGGAGAAUAUUUAAAUUUUUUAAAGUGAGACGAGGUGAGCAAACAGCGAAUGCCCGUGGGCGUCUGAGCAGGUGUCAGGCUCUGCUCGUACCUCCCUGCUGCUGGCUGGAUAACUGGAAUGCCAUUGCACUGACUGGCAGUGCGGCGAGGACUGGCCUGAGCUUUGUUCCUCGCUGUGCGUUUCCUUUCAUUUGUGUUCAUUCAAACAUUUCACAUGUCGACUCCCAACAAACAGGUUUCCUUAAAGGUGAAGUGCUCAGAUCAUCAGUUUGCUCUGUUGGUGUCUGCAGCGUCUGUAUUUACAAAAGCAGUGGCAUGUGGAGUGCAAUGGAGGAGCAGACCAUUUGUAACCAUUUAAAAACAUCAUAUACUGGUUGAUGUCCCAUCAUGAGUCCUGAGUGUCUUUAUAUCCAGUCAGACUGUCUGAUAGCGGCUAACACUCGCUGUUGCUGUCUUUGCAACAUUUUAAUUUUCCAACCGUAACAACUGCCGGGACGUUUUGGGUCAUUUAAUGUCAUCUUCUGCAUUUCCUCUUUCUUCUAACCACUGCUCUCCUCACAGGUGCUGUAUCUAACCCGGUGCUCACUAACUGUCUUGACUUAUAUUACACCUGUCUGUUGUUGUUAACUUUCCCUGUUUUCAUCAACCACCACCAUCAUCAUCAUCCUCAUCAUCAUCAUCAUCAUCGUGCCUUCUCACUCUGCUUUGCUCAGCUGCAAGAAGACCUCUAGACUUGGACAAACCCAGACAUCACACACCGACGUCCCCCUGGCGAUACGAUGCUCCGGUGAGCUCACGUCGAGAUUACUCUCCAGAUUAUAGUUCAACAGAACCUAAAAGGAGCAGACACCCAAAACUGGAUGCUGCAGCACCCCGUGGUCGCUCCAGAUACCCAGAGGGCUAUCUGCUGGCAGAAGGAGGCCGUAGCAGGCACGCAGAUCCUUUUCCUGAGCACCUGAUGCACAACAGGGGCAAGCACGGGGACAGGUAUCCAGAGCACGAGCCCUCACAGACUGGCAGAGCCAGGGAUUUAGGGUACGAGGACACAGAGAGAGUGGUGAGGAGGAAAGAGAGACCAGCUAGACCACCUCCAGUACAAAUUCCUAAAGAGAGGGACAAAACGUGGGUCAGAGAGCAGAACAGGCAGUACGACCGAGACGGAGGCAGAGAACCGGAAUAUGAGAGGUAUACUGCAAGAGACCAGAGGAGGGACAGAGAUCGGAGGAGGGACAGAGACCAGGACCUCAGGUGGGGAAGAGCAGAGGGGCGGGACGGAGAAAGAUCCAGAGACAGAGGACGAAGUUUGGACAGAGAGCUAGAGGGACACGGACAUCGAGAUAAAGGAAGACAAAGAGCGAGAACCCGGAGCAGGGAGAGAGGACUCGAAGAGGCCUUUGUGGAGCCAGCACACAGCCGGGACCGGCUGAGGGAAGGGAGGGCUUCCUGGGAGGGGGAAGAGGAGGAUUUUGAGAGGACCAGGGGACGGCACCGUGUCCAGUCCAGCCCCAAUGAGCUGUUUGGAGAUCAUAGGGGCGAUGAAGGCAGAGGAGACAGCAGGGAGUUCUGGGACCUCCAGCAGGGGGAGGGUCAUGGCAGGGAACGCAGUCAUAGUCAACCCAGCGGAGAGACAGGUCGUAUUGCGCACCGUGGCGGCGGGUCAGUAAUGCCAGAGACUGAGUACGGACUGAGUGAGGCCACCAAGGGUUUGACCAAGCUCGAUCUGCGCGAGCAAGAGCUGAAGGACCUGGAGGUGGCCAAGAAACUGCAAGAGGAGGAAAUUAAGGCGAGCCAGAUGCACGUGCGUGCAGCCCAAGUGGCACAAGACGAGGAAAUCGCCCGACUGCUGAUGGAGCAGGAGAAAAAGGAGUACAGGAAGAAUCGCGAAUGGGAGAAAGAGAAGGAGCGGGAGAGGCUGGCCAUGGAAAGGAUGGCAGUGGAGAGGAGGCGGCAAGAGGGAGACUACAGGCCAAACUCCGAGGACGUUGUCCGGCCCAGGACACGAGAGGAGUACGAGUACCAAAGGCAGAAGAACUACAAGCCUCCGAGGCCUCCACAGCCGCGCACACAUGACUAUGAGAAUGUCAGUCCUGGCUACGUCUACCCAGAUCACCCUGCUGCCCCUCGCGCUCCAGCCAGACCUGAUCCAACUUACAGAGGUGCCUAUCACAAGCGGUGACUCAGGCUCUCGCCCGUGCGCACACAUGCUGUCAGUCCUCCUGUGUGUUUAUCUUUUAUUUUCACCCAUUCACACUCUGUUGGCCAGAAUCCUUUGGACAGUCAUGAGUUGGCAGUGGGAUUUUUUUUUUUUUUUUUAAUAUCCUCCAAAGUUGAGGAAGUGGAUGUGUGAGUGCUAGAAACACUCAUCUUUUUUUUAAUGAUCUGUAAAAUGUGAUUGCAUAUUUCUUUGAACUGAUGUGACAUUAAGCCUAGCCAAAAGAAAUCUCCCAUGAUUCUUUGCUGUGUAAAUGAAGGAACUGCCCCCCUGCUGUGGUCAUUGUGUGCCAUCAAAGGGCUUAAAGCCUCUGCUGGAUGUAACAGUUCCUCGAGACUCUUCAUGGGACAUGCCUGUCUGGUCCACUGUGGCUGUUACAGUGUCUUAGAUACCAACGUGGCAGCUUCUUUGUUACAGCGUGCUGCGCCUCUGUUCUCGCCGUGCUGUGCAGCGAGGCCCUGUGAGGGCUGCCCAUGUGCCACACAGCCUUUGACUCUGAAGGGGAUGCAUUAUAUUUUGUUUUAUUUGCUGUAAUUAUAAAACAAAGAAAUAAGCCUUGAUUUCGGUGCUGGUAGCUCUGGCUUUCAUAUGUUUCCCACCUUGUUCCAGCGCAGAAGAGGUGGAGCUUAGCGGCGAUCCGUGGACAUCGAUCAGCUCGAUGUGUUUGCGGGUUUUUUUGUUUGUGAGGGGAACUUUUUUUUUUUUCCACUUAACCCUGUCUUUCUUAAACUGUAGUGGUAUGACUGUAUAUGACUCACUGUUUCUAUGUGCAUGCUUACUGAGAGUGUACAGAUGUGUACAUGCAUCUCAGCUCUGUAUCAAUAUUAACUGGCUCCCUCUUUAUUAUCAGAAAGGGCUAAAGCUGCAAACAGCCAAUAAUAAUCUCUCUGUAGAAACUAAAUAUGUGCUCACAUAUACUGCUGUACAGUAUUUCAGUCUUCUGCCAAUAUUUCAUAUGAGCUUGUCAUUUCCAGCUGGCCCAUAAAAGAACCAGUACCAAAUGAAAUGCAUGUGUUGCCUGUGUCAAACCUGAGUUCAUGCUCAGAUGCUGUGUGUAAAUCUGCAUUCUUGUUUUUUACAUUCGACCAAAUCAUGUGGAAACUGUUCGGUUCUCCCUCCAUGAAACUUGUAUCCUGCUCGUUGUCUUUAUUGAGAAAGGGAGCUUUAUAUUUAUUUUUGUAAAUUUCUUUUUUCCUCACAUUGUUUCCUCAGUUUUCAUUGGCCAAGCUUCCCCGCUGUCACAUCCAGGACUGUCCGGUCUCAUACUUCCUGCUUGCAGAAAGGAGAUAUUCUAGUGUUUUGUUUUAGAUUUCUUCAGGUCCUGAUAUUUUUGGUUAUGAGAGGGGAAAAAACGGAUAAUGAAGAGCACAUUGCUGAAAUGUUUGUGAUUGCCACACAAUGACUCACUCAUUGAGCAUUUGGUGCUGUGUAGAGUUUUUGCUUUGUAAUAAAUGUUGCUGAAAUUAUAAAUCUGCGUGGAGAACAAGCCCCUGUGCUGUAAGCAGAAACUCUUCUCUCGUAGUGCAUUGAACAAACAUGCAACUGUCAUUGAACUACAGUGUGUGCUACUUGCUGUUGACAGAAUGAGAUAUGUGCCAUAUACGUGUUGUUUUUCAGGGACUUUACAAAUUGGAGGGAUUAAAAGUUGUGGUUGUAGCGGAGCUAGCGCACCCACUGUGGUGGGUCUCCCUAAUUUAUUCUUUGAUGAGAGCGCCACCUAGUGGACGUGCUUCCAGGUGGUGAGGGUACAGAUCACAGUGAUGUGUAUUUGUGUAUGUUGUGCUUCAGAUAUGACUUUACUUUCAUGUGUUGUCUGUUUUCUUUGAUUUAGGGCUUUAUGCAAUCUACCAAUCAUGAAUCAACAUGUUGGACUUUUAAAGUAAAAUGAAUUUAAGUUGCUUUUACUUGUAGCAUCUCAAAAUGUAAUAAAUUGCAUCAGCAUUUACACCAUGAA